GACAGAGAGAGAUGGAGAAGAAUCCUUUAAUGGAGGCUGCUCGAAAAGGAGACGUCGAGUCUCUACUCCGGUCAACGAAAUCAGAUCCCACUCUUCUUGAAGUUAUUAUCAUCAACGGCCAAGAAACGCCGUUACACGUUGCCUCCAUGUACGGACACUUGACUUUCGUCAAAGAAAUGUUAAACCUAAGAGAAGAUCUCGGAAGAGAACUGAACAAAGACGGGUUCACGCCUCUGCAUAUAGCAGCAUCAAUGGGCCACGUUGAGAUCGUUAAAGAGCUUUUGGAGAAGCUAAGUGGUGAGAUAUGUUUGAUCAAAGGUAAAGAGAGAAAGAUUCCUCUUCAUUACGCUGCUAUGAGAGGAAGAGUUUGUGUUCUUGAUGCGUUAGUGUCAGCGAAUCCUCAAUCUCUUGAAGAAGUCACCGCUCGUGGGGAGACAGUGCUUCAUCUUGCAGUUAGGUUCUGUCAGUUUGAUGGGUUCGUUGCUUUGUUGGAAUAUCUUAAAGAGUUUGAUAAGCUUUGCGUGUUGAACAAGCAAGAUCAUGGUGGGAACACGGUUUUGCACUUAGCUGUUCAAAAACGACAGUUUGAGGUGAUUGACUUGUUGCUUGGCUCCAGAGGUUCUAGUAACACACUCCCAAGAGAUUUCAUUGAAGUGAACUCUUUAAACUCAAACGGCUUCACACCUCUUGAUGUGUUACUUAACUUUGGAGGUGAACCAGAAGACGCAGAGAUUCAUCAGCUCCUCCUCCAAGGAGGAGCUGUAAGAUCUAGAGAUCACAACACAACACAACCAGCAACAACAACACCAUCAGAAGAAUCUCUGAUGACACACAAGCAAUGGCUUGAUUACUUCAUGCACAAGAAAGACAAAGUCUCACCUAACGAAAUCCGCAAUGUCUUACUAGUUAUCGCAAUUCUGAUAGCUACAACAACUUAUCAAGCCGCGCUAAGUCCACCUGGAGGUAUCUGGCAAGAAGAUUAUUACUGCAUCGGUAGAUACUGUCAAGAAAGUGAGACAACAGGAAACAAGACCAAACCGGUUCAUUACGCAGGAACAACUAUAAUGGGAUCAAAGAGUUGGAUUUCUUAUGGCAUUUUCAUCUUCUUAAACUCGGUUGGUUUUUUCACUUCUAUUGAACUUAUCUCAUUACUCACAAAAGGUCUCCCUUUCUACCUUGAGCUACAAGUUUCAUUGACUGCUCUUGCCUUGACAUAUGGAUUUGCAAUGGCUGCACUUUCUCCUAACUUCGGACUAGGCGUGUUCUUCAUGGUGAUCUCUGUGGUAUUACCUUUCGCGGCAGCGAAAAUCCCGAGUUUAAUCCGUAAACUUGCCAAGAAAACAAGAAUCUACCCUCUCAGGCGUACUACUGAAACAACCACCUCCUAAAAUUACAAUUAUCAUGUGUGUUUUUCUUGAUAGUUUUGUGUUUUUGAGUUGCUAUGUGAAGAGAUGAGAGUCAAAAGGUUAAUAACUUUUCGC